UUUGAUAAGGAACAUGUAUUUUGGGAGCUGAGGAGGAUCGUUGGAAGACUGAGCUCCAGAAGACCUUGGAGGAGAAGGCAGCAAUACCCAGACACAGCACCCUGUGGGGUUUCCUAAACUGCGGCAACCACGUUUGGUGCAGUUCUGUUAAGACUCAGACGUAGUUUGAAAGGAACUUUUAAAAUGGAACUCUGAAGGGGCCCAGAUCAUCGACCUAAUGAUGCUGGUCAUCGAUGUGACCAAGGGGAUGCAGACCCAGUCGGCAGAGUGCCUUGUGAUCGGCCAGAUUGCCUGCCAGAAGAUGAUCGUAGUGCUGAACAAAAUAGACCUCUUAGCCGAAGGGAAGAGACAGGCAGCCAUCGACAAAAUGACCAAGAAAAUGCAGAAGACCCUCGAGAACACCAAGUUCCGGGGUGCUCCAAUUAUACCUGUAGCCGCCAAGCCUGGGGGACCAGAGGCCCCUGAAGCGGAAGCUCCGCAGGGAAUCUCAGAGCUCAUUGAGCUCCUGAAGUCCCAGAUUUCCAUCCCAACAAGAGAUCCUUCAGGCUCCUUCCUCAUGUCUGUGGACCACUGUUUCUCCAUCAAAGGCCAAGGCACGGUGAUGACUGGGACCAUCCUGUCUGGCUCCAUCAGCCUUGGAGACAGUGUGGAGAUUCCUGCCCUCAAGGUGGUGAAGAAGGUGAAGUCCAUGCAGAUGUUCCACACACCUGUCACCUCAGCCAUGCAGGGAGACCGGCUGGGCAUCUGUGUCACCCAGUUUGACCCCAAGCUGCUGGAGCGUGGGCUGGUGUGUACCCCUGAGUCACUGCACACCAUCCAUGCGGCCAUCCUCUCUGUGGAGAAGAUCUCAUAUUUCCGAGGGCCCCUGCAGACCAAGGCCAAGUUCCACAUCACGGUAGGCCAUGAGACGGUCAUGGGCCGCCUGUUGUUCUUCAGCCCUGCGCCCGACAGCUUUGACCAAGAGCCUGUACUGGACUCCUUCGACUUCUCUCAAGAAUACCUCUUCCAGGAGCGGUACCUGUGCAAAGACUCAAUGCCAGCAGCAGCAGAUAGUGAUGAGGCCAGCAAGCAGGCAGGUCAGGCUGCAGAGGGCCACUGCCCCCGGCAGCAGUGGGCCCUCGUAGAGUUCGAGAAGCCCGUCACCUGCCCACGGCUGAGCCUGGUCAUUGGCUCCCGGCUGGAUGCGGAUAUCCAUGCUAACACGUGCCGGCUGGCUUUCCACGGGCUGCUGCUGCACGGAUUGGAGGACAGGAGUUAUGCGGAGAGUGUCCUACCUUUGCUGAAGGUGUACAAGCUGAAGCACAAGCAUGGCCUCGUGGAACGGGCAAUGGAUGACUACAGCGUGAUCGGCCGCUCUCUGUUCAAGAAGGAGACCAAUAUCCAGCUCUUCGUGGGGCUCAAAGUUCACCUGUCCACAGGGGAGCUGGGGGUCAUCGAUAGCGCCUUUGGCCAGAGCGGCAAGUUCAAGGUCCAUAUCCCCGGUGGCCUCAGUCCUGAGUCCAAGAAGAUCCUGACUAUGGCUGUCAAGAAGCGGGGCCGGGCAGGCCAUGGGGAGGCGGCCAAGCAGGAAGAGGGGGCUGAGAGGCCCGAGCCCGCACAGCACGUGGGGCUCAACCUGUCGUUCAAGCGCUACAUCUUCGACACCCACAAGCGCAUGGUGCAGUCUCCCUGAGGGACCCUGUGACCCACUCAGGCUGUAGUGCCCAGUACCCAGCCGGACGUGCCUCGACCUCCCCAGUGUCUCCUCAUGGCCCUGCUGCAGCAGGGUGUCCACCCUACUGUCACCCAGGCUUCCAGCUCAGCCACUGAGAGAAUCCCGGGGUGGUGGAGACAGUGCCAGGAGGGUCUGUGCCUCCAAGGAUGGCAGCCAGGACCAGCUGGGGAAAGGCCAGAGCCACAGAGCCACUAGCUGUCCCCAUGCCCAGUCUCAGCCCUGCCCAAGUGGACAACCCUUGGUGGCUGCAAUUAAAUGCCCCGUGGUCCCAGCCCUGUCUGCCAGUCUGUGUGUCUGUGUCAGGCCCAGGUCUGCCCCCAGGCACCCAAGGACUAUAGUGUCUCCUGGGGUGUCCUAGGCCUUGAGGGAGGGGUGGCUGGCUGGGUGCCAGGUGGGCCGUCCCUGUGACCUGAGCUGGAUUUGGAGGAACAGCAGGUCAGGGAUUCUCCACCCUGACCCAAGCUUCCCCAGGCCCUUGCCCUUGCCUUCAGGGGCCACAUGUCCCUGCGGCCCACCUGGUACCCAGUCUCGGGGAUCUCAGAGAGGUAACAAGGUGGAACCACCCAGCUAAGGGCUAAAUGGAAGCUUUCAGGACACUGCGGUGAACAGAUGUUCACGCGUUCCUUUAUUUGGCCUCCAGACGGACACAGAGGCCUCUCUUUUAUCCCGGUAAUCGGUGCAUUAUGUUUUAAUUUGCAAAAAUGGCAUUAAAAAUAUUAACCAGG